AUGGAGAUUUUCCAUUGCUUGUACUUCGGAGUUCUCUUGGCCUUCACAUUCGCAGUAGCAGUUGUCUUGGCUACUGAUCCUUACUCAGAGGCUCUCUUGAGCUUAAAAUCUGAGCUCGUUGAUGAUGAUAACAGUUUGGAUGAUUGGUUAGUGCCUCCUGGAGGGAACACAGAAGAGAAAGUUCAAGCAUGUUCUUGGUCUGGUGUCAAAUGCAACCAGAAUUCCACAGUCGUUAUUGCUUUAGACCUGUCUAUGAAGAAUCUCCGUGGUGAAUUAUCAGGGAAGCAGUUUAGUGUCUUCACUGAGCUUGUUGAUCUCAACUUCAGCUACAACUCAUUCGCAGGGAAGCUUCCUUUGGGAAUCUUUAACAUAACUAAUCUAAAAAUCUUCGAUAUCAGCAGAAACAAUUUUUCUGCCCAGUUUCCAGAUGGAAUCUCCGAUCUUCGAAACCUGGUCGUGCUUGAUGCCUUUAGCAACAGCUUUUCCGGGCCAUUGCCAGUUGAAGUUUCCCAGCUUGAAUUUCUCGAAGUUCUCAAUCUGGCUGGGAGUUACUUUGAUGGACCAAUCCCAUCAGAGUAUGGUUCUUUCAAGAGCCUCGAGUUUAUUCACCUGGCAGGUAACUUCCUCAGUGGUAGCAUACCACCAGAACUAGGCCAACUCAAGACUGUGACCCAUAUGGAGAUUGGCUACAAUUCAUAUGAAGGAAGUAUCCCGUGGCAAUUGGGUAACAUGAGUGAGCUUCAGUAUCUUGAUAUAGCUGGUGCAAAUCUAUCUGGCCCAAUACCAAAGCAACUCUCCAAUCUCACCAAGCUAGAAUCCCUAUUUCUCUUCAGAAACCGGCUCACUGGAUGGGUCCCCUGGGAGUUUAGCCAAAUUGUGCCUCUUGCAAGCUUAGAUCUUUCUGAUAAUCAACUUUCUGGGCCUAUCCCUGAGAGCUUUGCAGCGUUGAAGAAUCUCAAGCUGCUAAGCCUUAUGUACAAUGAGAUGAAUGGCACUGUUCCACCAGGUAUUGGUCGGCUUCCUUCGCUGGAAACUCUCCUUAUAUGGAAUAAUUUCUUCUCUGGGUCACUUCCACAGGACCUGGGCAGGAACUUAAAGCUAAAAUGGGUGGAUGUUUCCACCAACAAUUUCAUCGGCAGCAUUCCACCGGAUAUUUGUGCAGGUGGGCUAGCGAAACUGAUCCUUUUCUCAAAUAAAUUUACGGGCAGUCUUUCACCAUCUAUCUCCAAUUGUUCUUCACUUGUGCGUCUACGAAUUGAAGACAAUUCCUUCUCCGGUGAGAUCCCUCUUAAAUUCAGCCAUCUUCCUGAUAUCGCAUAUGUGGACCUCUCCAGAAACAAGUUUACAGGUGGCAUUCCCAUAGAUAUCUCUCAAGCUUCCAACCUGCAGUACUUCAAUAUCUCUAAUAAUCCAGGGCUUGGAGGUACGAUCCCAGCAAAAACAUGGUCUUUGCCACUUCUCCAAAAUUUCUCAGCGUCAGCAUGUAAUAUCUCAGGCAAUCUUCCUCCAUUCCACUCCUGCAAAUCUGUUUCUGUUAUUGAGUUAGACAUGAACAAUCUAGCAGGAAGCGUCCCUGAAAGUGUUUCCGAUUGCCAAGCUCUUGGGAAGAUGGAUUUGGCUGAUAAUAAGUUUACUGGUCAUAUACCUGAAGACCUUGCAAGCGUUCCAGCUUUAAGUGUCCUGGACUUGUCACGUAAUAACUUCAGUGGUUCGAUACCAGCAAAGUUUGGUGCUUCUUCAAGCUUAGUGCUUCUAAACGUGUCUUUUAAUGAUAUCUCUGGUUCCAUUCCAUCCAACAACGUGUUUAGAUUGAUGGGUAGCAGUGCUUAUGAGGGAAAUCCAAAGCUAUGCGGAGCACCCCUGAAACCAUGUUCUGCUUCCAUCGCAAUAUUCGGCAGCAAAGGCACAAGAAAGCUUACAUGGGUUCUGCUACUCUGUGCAGUGCUGGUUGUACUUUGUGUGGCAUCAGUCUUGGGGAUAUUCUAUAUCCGGAGAGGAAGCAAGGGUCAAUGGAAAAUGGUCUCCUUCAGUGGACUCCCCCGAUUCACAGCAAAUGAUAUUUUGAGAAGCUUCAGUUCCACAGAAUCACUGGAAGCCGUACAACCAGAAUCUAGUUCAGUUUGCAAAGUAGUGCUGCCCACAGGAAUAACAGUUUCAGUGAAAAAGAUUGAGCUGGAAGCAAAGAGAAUGAAGAAAGCCACAGAAUUUAUGACACAAUUGGGUGUUGCAAGACACAAGAACUUGAUUAGAUUGCUAGGAUAUUGCUACAACAAGCAACAAGCAUAUGUCAUGUAUGAUUAUCUGCCUAAUGGUAACUUGGCUGAAAAAAUCAGUUUGAAGAAAGAUUGGGUGGCCAAGUACAAACUCGUCAUUGGCAUUGCUAGGGGACUGCGCUUCCUUCACCACGACUGUUAUCCAGCAAUUCCUCAUGGAGAUUUGAAGUUGAGUAACAUAUUGUUUGACGAAAAUAUGGAGCCUCAUUUGGCUGAAUUUGGGUUCAAGUACCUGAUAGAAAUGACUAAAGGCUCAUCUCCUGCAACGAUUUCCAUGAGAGAAACAGGCAAACUCAACAGUGCCAUAAAAGAGGAGCUCUACAUGGACAUAUACAGAUUUGGGGAGAUCGUUCUGGAACUUCUGACCAAUGGCAGAUUGGCAAAUGCAGGGGGAGCAUACAGAGCACGCCUAAGGAGGCCAUCUGAUCGGCCAUCCAUGGAAGAUUCACUGAAACUUUUAUCAGGAGUAAAUUCGCAAACAAAAUAA